UUAUCUAUGCGUUAGAUUGACAUGUUGACAUAAAACGGGAAAUGUUUUUAUAACCAAAUUUAAACAAUUUUUAAUAAUAAAUCUGAAAUGUAGUAUAUUUUUGUGCCUAAAAGCAUACGUAGAAUAGGUGUGUUUAAAAGUCGUCGUGUACAGUAUCACACUGUUUUGUUUAAAAUACUCAAACCCUUCUUUCUGCCACUAGACCUUAAGUUACACAAAAGACUUCCUUAUUACUAACAAAGAACUUUAAAUAUAAUGGAGAAAGCCGAAAAUGUAGUGAGAUUUAUACCCAAGACUAACAUUAAACCUGAAGAGGAAUUGAAUAAGUUUAAAAUAGAACUACAAAAAAUUGACGGUACUGUUAUAAAACAGUCUGAAGGAUCUGAAUAUGUUGAUGUCAUAAUCCCAGAAGCAAGUUAUUCAUUAUUAAAGAAUGUAUCGGACCAUCUGGGGUUUGAACCUCUUUUGAAUAAGAAGUAUGAAGCAUAUGAGGGUAGUCAUUUGUCACCCAGGGGUGAUCAUGUUUCAGUGCAGACUCCCUUACUGGGCGACGUCGAAGCAGAAGGGGUGGUACGAAUUAACAUAAAGGGCAUGACAUGUCAAUCGUGUGUCCGAAAUAUUGAAGAAACCAUUGGUCAAAAACAAGGCAUAAACAAAAUUAAAGUGAAUUUAGAAGAAAAUUCAGCACUAAUACAUUACGAUACGGGUAUUUUGAAUCCACACGAUAUAUGUGAGGCUAUAGAUGAUAUGGGUUUUGAAGCUUCACUGCCCCUUUUAGGGGGUUCCAGCGAUACUGCUACCGCAAGUACUAGCGAACAAGUUAGUACAUGCGUCCUAGGUAUAGAGGGUAUGACAUGCGAUACGUGUGUUAAAGGCAUAGAAGGUAUGGUAUCGGCUAAAGAGGGCGUGAAAAAGAUAGAAGUCAGCUUAAAGAAUAAAGAGGCGAUAGUCGAGUUCGUUCCAAAUCUAGUGUCUCCAGACGACAUUGCGGACAUGAUAGAAGACAUGGGAUUUGAAGCGAUGGUGAAAUCGGUAAAUGGAAAAUUUACAAAGAAGAAAAAAAAGAGUAUGAAAACAAACGGUUUUGCAAACGUUCUUCAAGGCGAUGAUGGGGAAUCUAAAUUCGAAAAAUGCCAAUUACAAAUUAAAGGAAUGACAUGCGGCUCAUGUGUUUCAGCGAUCGAGAAACAUUGCAAGAAGAUUCAAGGCUGCGAAAAUAUACUGGUAUCGUUACUAGCAGCUCGCGGAGAUGUAACGUAUGACCCUAGCUUAGUAUCGCCAUCGGUAAUAGCAGCAUCUAUUACCGACAUGGGAUUCCCUGCGACGGUAUUGCAACAACAGGGCGCUGGUGAAUCAGAAGUUGACCUAAUAAUUGAAGGGAUGACGUGCGCAAGUUGCGUGCACAAAAUUGAAUCAAAUGUCUGCAAGCUUCCAGGGGUUCGUGUGGCCAAAGUUGCUUUGCCCACACACAAAGGAAAAUUCAAAUACGAUCCUGGCAUAACAGGACCGCGAGCCAUAAUCGAUGCUAUUAAAAAAUUAGGCUACAACGCGGACUUAGCUAGUGCCACGAAGGACGCCGAUUAUCUAAACCAAAAAGAGGAGACUAGAAAGUGGAGGAAUGCGUUUUUAGUGUCUCUCAUAUUCGGCGGACCUUGCAUGAUCUCAAUGACGUAUUUUAUGGUGGUUAUGUCAGUUGGCAACUUAUCUCACGAAGAUAUGUGCUGCGUGGUUCCCGGGCUAUCUCUGGAAAACCUUAUCAUGUGGGUCUUAUCCACUCCUGUAUUAAUUUUUGGAGGAAAGCAUUUCUUCGUACAGGCCGUGAAAGCCCUAAAACAUCAUACGACUAACAUGGACGUGCUAAUAGCUAUGGCAACGUCAGUGUCAUACGCGUAUAGUGUCUGUGUUGUAACGGCUGCCAUGAUUCUGCGACAACAUACAUCGCCACAGACCUUCUUCGACACGCCCCCUAUGUUACUUUUGUUCAUAAGUCUCGGACGAUGGUUGGAAAAUAUCGCUAAAGGAAAGACAUCUGAAGCAUUGUCCAGACUGUUAUCGUUAAAAGCUACUGAAGCUUUACUCGUUGACAUUGGUAAAAAUGGGGAGAUAGAAAACGAAAGACUUGUUAACGUAGAUCUGGUACAAAGGGGUGAUUUUUUGAAGGUACUACCAGGAACUAAAGUGCCAGUUGACGGAAAAGUUGUUCAGGGUAGUUCAAUGUGCGACGAAAGUCUUAUAACAGGUGAAAGCAUGCCUGUUCAAAAAAAGAUUGACAGCAAUGUGAUUGGGGGUUCCCUAAAUCAAAACGGCUUACUUAUAAUACAAGCUACCCACACUGGCGAGGCCACAACUCUGUCCCAAAUUGUGCAUUUAGUUGAAGAAGCUCAAACAUCUAAAGCACCUAUUCAACAGUUGGCUGAUAAAAUUGCAGGAUACUUUGUUCCCACUGUAGUAUUUCUGAGUUUUCUCACGCUCAUCGUAUGGUCCAUAAUAGGCUCAAUUAAUAUUUCUUAUUUGCCUAUAUCUGAGGCAGAAAAACACGGUUUUAAUAAUACCGAAAUACUCCUUCAAUUUGUAUUCAGAUGCGCCUUGAGCGUUCUAGCCAUCGCAUGUCCUUGUGCUCUGGGUUUAGCCACUCCAACUGCCGUCAUGGUAGGAACAGGAGUCGGCGCUAUGAAUGGUAUCCUGAUAAAAGGGGCCGAGCCCCUCGAGAACGCACAUAAAGUCAAAGCCAUCAUGUUUGAUAAAACUGGCACCAUUACAAAAGGGGUGCCAGAGGUAGCUCAUAUUUGGCUCCAAGGGGACACAUUAAGUCCUGCAGUAAUUUUAGCAGCUGUUGGAUGUUCCGAAAUGAACAGCGAACAUCCAAUCGCGACUGCUAUCGUUAAGUAUGUUAAAGAAGUCUUCCAAUGUGACUUAACUGGUAUUAGUACAAACUUUCAAGUUGUACCUGGCUGUGGUUUAAGAAGUAAUGUUUCUAAUAUUCAGACCAUGUUAGAUUGUGGUAAGAAAACGAAAGAGUUAAGUAAUUUUCUUAGUUUGACGGGUGCGGGUAGUUCGGGAAUUUUUUCACUUAAUGAAGUCCAAGUAGAAGUAAGUACAUCGCAAAAUAUGAAGUUGGGUCAGUUGAUUGGCGUGCCGCCUGAACAAGAGCAACUUUUGGACGAAUACAAAGUUAUAGUGGGAAAUAGGGAAUGGAUGAAUAGGAACGGCAUUUCAUUACAGGAAGAUGUGAAUAGAAAAAUGGUGACAGAAGAACAACAAGGACGCUCGGCCGUUCUUUGUGCAAUUAACGGAAACAUUGUCGCUAUGAUUAGCGUGGCCGAUACCGUCAAACCUGAGGCUCAUUUAGCCAUUUAUUCCCUAAAAAAGAUGGGUCUUGAGGUGAUUCUUUUAACAGGCGACAACAGACAAACUGCUGUCAGUAUUGCUCGUCAAGUUGGGAUAAGUAAAGUGUAUGCUGAAGUUCUUCCAUCGCACAAAGUUGCAAGGGUCCAACGAUUACAGAGUAAGGGCAUUAAAGUCUGUAUGGUCGGGGACGGCAUUAAUGAUUCUCCUGCUUUGGCCCAAGCAGAUGUAGGCAUGGCAAUAGCAGCAGGAACAGAUGUAGCCGUCGAAGCUGCCCAUGUUGUACUUAUGAGAAACGAUCUGCUAGAUGUAUAUGCUUGCCUUGAACUGUCCAAAAAGACAGUUGAAAGAAUCAGGCUAAAUUUCAUAUUUGCGAGCAUGUACAACUUAUUAGGUAUUCCUUUGGCCGCGGGCGUGUUUAGCCCUUUUGGUAUUAUGUUACAACCAUGGAUGGCAUCUGCUGCCAUGGCUUUGAGUUCAGUAUCAGUCGUUGGUUCUAGUCUGUUACUUAAAUUAUGGAGGAAGCCUACGAAGACUGAGCUCGAAACCCCCGAAUAUCUAGCAUUGAAAGACAGUGGCGAUCUUGACAGCAUAUCAAUACAUCGAGGUUUAGAUGACAUUGACAGCUUAGGCAGCUCGCCAAACACGAUCUCCAGCGUUCUAUCGAAAAUAGAAACAAUGAAGUUAGCUUUAUUCUAGAUAUGUAAGUCAGUUAUUAUUGUAAGUGUGUAAUAACUUUUAUUUUACAACCUGGUGUUAAUAUUACCAGUGGAGUUUUUUUUUGAGUGUUUUUUCCUUUUUAUUUCUAAUAUUAAUU